GCCUGGCCUUUGAUGGCCCCGCCUUUCGUGGCUUUGCGGCCAAGACCUUCUCGAAGGCAGAUGAGAAGCAAGCACAGGCAAGUGUUCGCAUCUUGUGUGCACUCUAUGGGGUCUUGAAGCCUUACGAUCUGAUCAGGCCAUACCGCCUGGAGAUGACCUCGAAGCUUCGAGGAAAGACCAUGUACGAUGUCUGGGGUGACACGAUCACCGAUGCCCUGGCGAAGGAGCUCAAGUUGAGCAAGGCCAAAUUCUUGGUGAACUGUGCCUCUCAGGAGUUCUGGAAGGCAGUUCGACCCAAGAAGCUACCAUCAAGCGUGCAAGUGGUUAGCUGCGAAUUCUCCGGGCCCUCCAGCUUGGUGAAGCAGGCGCGCGGCGCCAUGUGCAAGUACAUCGUUCAGAAGCGCAUCAAAAAUCCGGCCGACUUGAAGAAGUUUACAGGAGAUGCGAAGAACAGGUUUGCUUUCAACGCUGCAAAGUCCAGCAACAGCAAGCUCGUAUUCACUCGUGGAGGCGCAACGAAGAGGAAAUCCAUUGAGGCACUGUGGCCCAAGAAACGCAGGCGGACGUGA